AUGACCACGACAGGACGAACGUCCUUGAGGUCAGGUUCCCACGCCACGUCAGGCCCCCCGCCGGGACCCCGUACAUCUGGUGUGGCCCCACCCGGCAAAACAACCCGAAGUAGUGGCAUACCACUCGACGACAUUAUCAACGACCCAGAUGCGGAAGUCAAAGACGUAGAAUCAGCAAGAACUCUCCUGGACCAAGCGUACACGAUCCAUGGCAGGCCAGCCUCGCCAGAACACAUCUCCCAAGCACUCUUCUACAUUUCGCAAGCCAAGGGAGUCAACAACAUGUUACGCUCAAUCAUUCACACCACAGCCUUCCUCAUCAGGGAGCUGAUGGUACCGGCUUUGGCCGACUCCAUCACCAGGGCAGUUGCAGACAAGCUUGAAAGUUCAGUACUGAUCGUGAUCUCCCCCCAUGUAGGAAAGAUCUUAGCAACUGCCGACAACCUAGAGAAGCCACCGCCCAUCCAAACGACAACCAACUGGAAGAUAAAGUACAAAGUCUCACCGACGAUGUAG